AUGUGGAAUAACGUUGAACUUUUGAUAAACGAGGAUACAAACACUGUCCGUCUUUGCAAUGAUUCGAGUCAUGAAUCUGGAAGCGCCCUGUACCAGGUUGACACUCUGGUUAAACUGUCUUCAUCUGAGCAGGUGCUGUCCAACCCCAAACUUUACGCCUUCAGUAACACGAACUGCCAUAUAGUUGUGGCCGAUACAAGUGUCGUCGUCCUUGAUUCCAGCUUUCAAACAGUCCUGGUCCAUCUGUACUUUGACACUUUGGUGGAUGCUGUGACUGUAUGCCCAGAGGGGCAGUUUCUGUUGGUUGGAGAGAGAAACGGAAACCUUCACCUGAUCUACGUGCCUCAGAAAAAAACAGUACUAACCAGAGCUCUGCAGCAAAGCCCCUCCAACGGUGACAAGACCACCUACAAAAGCCUCAUCCUGCAUGAGUCUCCGGUCACCCCAGGAGUGUACCAUCUGUUUCUCAUUGUGCAGGAUGGAUUCUUGCACAUAUCAAAUCUUGCCUUAGGAAAGAUCCAGAAAGCUAUCAGCUGCAUGGACAUACCCACCUUAAAUGAGCUGCAGUCCUGUAUUAAGAUGGACUUCUGCUCUAGUAAAGAGAUCCAUGGAAACGGCUGUGUGUCAGCUGUCCUGACCAGCACAGGCAGAAAAAUGCAACUGCUCAUUGGGGGGAGGGGGGAGAGCGUCCUCUCCCAUUGGACGAUGGGACCUGCUGAUUCCUCAAUGUCUCUCACUAAUGUCCUAGACUCUGCUUUAAUGCCAGGUGUGAGGAAGAUUAAGGUGGUGGAUAAUCUGAUGUAUGUCUUGGAUGAAGUGGACAUGUUGAGCGUGUGGGAUCUUCACUCGUUUGUCAUGCUGGUUUGCUGGCCUGACCUCUACAUCUCUGACUUCCUGCUCAUCACUGAGGGAGACUCCGCUACCGUAGCAACACAAGAGGGUCCGAGUAUGAAAAUCAUGACACUGACAGCGGAGGAUGAGAGACAGCCACAGGGGAGGAAGCUUGUGGUCCAGUCCCUGCCCUCCAUGGAGGUCCUGUAUUCUCUGGAGGUCUCUGUGGUCUCCUGUUUCUUCCAGAAGGGUGUCAGUAUGGACACCGUUUGCAUACUGGAGGGCAUUGGGGAGAAAUCUAAGAGUUCUCCCCCUGAAUCUGUGUUUUAAGUAGUGAUGAGGUGUUUCACUGAGGCUCUACCUGAAAACAGGCUUAACCGACUGCUCUAUAAACAAAAGUUUGAAGAGGCAGAAAAGUUUGCAAUAGCAUUUGACCUUGAUAUUGAGUUGGUGUAUAAAGUCAAGCUGGAUUUUGUGCUGGAGAAAAUGGCCUCUGUGUCAGUGGGUGAGUGUGACAGUGCCAUGUGGGCAGAGCUUGUGGAAGAGGCAAAGACAAACUUGAAGAAAAUUAUGGAUGAACAGUACGUGGUGCAGUACUGUCUGACAGCGUUUUGGCCGACUCUGGCCACGACUGAGGAGAUGCUUAGCUACGCUGCCUCUCGGUUCCCCUCCUCGCAGAUCCAAAUCGCUCUCUCCAAACUCGCCAGUUUCUGCGGCCUGCACGGGCCUGACAGCUUCGACGGCGUGUUGUGGGCGGAGUUCCUGAACAGUACAGAUAUCUUUAGAGAAAUUCUAAGACAUCUGAGAGAGGGAAACCUGGGCGGGGCACAGUACCUGUGGCUUCGACAUGAGGGUGAGUUUGCCGGGCAGUUUGACGGAGCAUCCCUUAACGACCUGUUAGACUCUGUCCCCGCUGACGUCCCGUCUCGGGAGCUCAGCCUCUGGUUUAAGGGUAUGGUCAUCCCCUUUGUCUGGAGAGUGCUCCCUACAGGACAGAAAACACUGGCCAAAUGGCUGGAACAGAGAGCCAGGAACCUGGAGCUGACAGAGAGGAGCGACUGGCCCCAGAAUGGACUACACCUGGCAGAACUCGGGCUGCCCUCUUUCUGGAUGUCUAUGUCUCUGGCAGAGGACAGCAGGUCUGAGGAGGUGGAACGGCUGAAGUCUCUGGUGUCUGCUCUAAGGCAGCUCUGUGACCUCUACACCAAGUACAGCUGCAGACUCUCCCUGUCUGACUUUGAGAAGGGCAGUACUCGCAGUAUGGCCUUCCUGAUGCUGGAUAAGAUUCUGGCCCCUGAGUUGAUUCCCUCUGUGAUUGACAGCAGUGUUCGCCCUUAUGCUCUGGAGAACAGACUUGACCUGGACCACACCUUGCUGCACUACAUUAAGGACCUGCUGGAGUGUUGUAGUUCUCAGACCACCACUCUGUUCACUGAAUGGGAGGCCAAGGCUGUGUCCGUGCUACGCUGUAUGACUGACACCAACCUGGUGAUGGACGCUGUGUUGGAGAUCAUGUAUAAGGCCGUGGUGCCCUGGAGUGACACUGUGGAGAAACUGGUUCAGCAGCACCUGGAGAAAGAUCACCCCAAGCAGGAGCUACUGAGAGAAAGUUACCGUCUUAUGGAGAUGAAGAAGCUGCUGAUUCGCUAUGGCAUCCGUAACAUCACUCUCUCCAACUCUACUAACGUUAUGAUGCUGGUAAGACACAUUCUGAAACAGGACUUGGAUACAUCUCUGGAAGAUUCUCUGAAUCUGGCUCAAGCUUAUAAGCUUCACCCCUCAGAGAUUCACCAUCUCUACAGCAUUCAGCUUCUGGAGCAGGGCAAGAGGGAAAAGUGUAUGUUGGUGUUGAAAGGACUGUCUCCAUUAGAAGCUGAGUAUGUGAUUAAACGUCUUGCUGUCUGGGCCAGACUCCUGCUCCAAGACAAGGACCACAUCUCAGAGGAGCAAAAGCAGCAGCGGAUUCUGGUGGCCCAGGUGAUGGUAGAAGCACUGAGAUUCCUACUCAGCAUUCAGAGAGACGAUGCUUUUAAGAGAAUGGAAUGUGAGGAAAACCUGAGGAUGUUCAUGGCCAUAGCUCACUUACAGGAGGACUUUGACAUCUUCCUGACCCCUGAGGAGUACGACGACCCUGCAGUAAGACGGCAGUUUAACCAACAGCUUAUCACAGCUUACCAGAACACCCAGGCCUGGCGGCAUUCUGGGAAACGUAGUUCUGGAACACCGACCGCCAGUGAACCCGAUGCCAAAUACAAAACGUUGCCGACAGAGGCUGGUCUGCACAGACUGGCCAGACAGCUGCAGAAGACAGAGCAGGAGCUGUGGGCAGACCUGGCCCUCAGGGCACUGGACGCAGGCAACGUGGAAAAGGCCCUGAAGAUCCUCAGUGAGUUGUAUGAGCACCAUCCUAACUCUGAGACCGGCAGGGUGCUCCACAGGACGGCCCAACGUCUGUGCCUGAUGCUACAGGAGAAUGUGCCCAUGGUGUUGCCUGACAGAGUCAACCUGCCCGCUGUCAUCCACGGACUGGCAUGCCAGGCCAUUACCAUCUGCCACAAUGAUCUGCUGCUGGACGGAGUGGAGCUGUGUAAAAGCACCAGAGGAGCUGCAGACGUGUACAGACAGUGUCAGUUUGAUGACUGUGGAUUUGUAACCAGGGACUCCGCCCUGGGAGGGGAGCAGGACGACUACACAGAGUCCAUUGUCCAUGAGGUCUUUAAUGAGGACAGUAUCGUACUGGACCCAGUCUCUGUUCUCCCAGUCCAGUACAAAAUCACCACUGGCCUGCUUCCCCUCUCUUCAGAUACAAAGUUUUAUCCUCUAGACUUCUCCUGCUUGUCUAACUGUGCCUCUCAGGAGGGCACGGACUUUGUGGGGCCCUUGCUGGCCCCCAUGGGGGUGAUGCUGCAGUCUCUGCAGGAGUGCAGUCAGCUGGAGCUGGCCCUCAGACUGCUGGUGGACUCCUACUGCAGUAUCAUGCAACACUUUGUCUCCAACAACAUGGACAUCACCCUCAGCACAAAGCUUCGUGAUAAAAAUGACCUUCUCAGAGACAAACAGUACGUUACCAUGGUGCAGAAGACAGCUCUGUCGUCCAUCAACACUGUGGUGGUCUCGUUGUUACACAAGGUGCUGAACUGGCGAGUGGUGGAUUGUGACUUGGCUAUUGGCCUGUGCACUCUGCUGUCCAAAGCCGAGGUCUCAAACAUACUGUGGAAGAUGAUAACCAGUGCUUGGCAAAACUACGAUAAAAUUAUGGCAGUGGCUGUGGUUGGGGCCCAUCUUUGCUCUCUGUAUAAGGACGACCAGGAGAGGAGGAAGUUCCUGUCUGUCAUAACAGAUGCAGAGUGGGGCAUCGAACUGGGAAAGCUCGGGGUUUCCUUCCAGUCUGUGUUCAGACAAUGUGCAGAAACCAAAAGAACUCUGAUUCCCACUCUGGUGAAGAACAAACACAUUAGUGCUGACCUCAUCAUGCGAUACUGCCGUACGUUUGGUCUGGACAGUGACUCUGCCAUCAGUCUCUACAUCACCACGCUGUUACUGCAGGAGGAAGAUGAUGAGGAGGAGUGUGAAGUCAGACCAGCGGAGCCCGCAGUGGCACAGGGGGGUGACCAGGGGGGGCUCAGUCACGAGGACAUUUUGGGACAUGCCCUACAGAUCAUCCCUCAGCUCAGCUCCACCAGAGACCUCGUCAUCAGCCUCAACACAGCUCUGACCAAGCUCAACCCUUACAACUAUGAGAGAAUAGAGAGAGUACUUCUGACCAUACAGGCAGCAGACGAAAACACCACCAUUUUACCCCUGGGCCAGAUGAUGGGAUUGCUUCAGCACCUGAAGUCUCACUGUCGUAUAUCACCCCCUACUGACCUGGAGGGCACGUACCUGCUGGAGAACUCUCUGGAACCCACGCCCCUCGCCAACAGCCGCCUGCCGUUCCACCUCCUCCUGCAAACCAACCUCUACUUCUGGAAGAUCAUUUCUCCAGAGCUCAGUGAGGAGACCUUCCCUACACUGCUCCUCAUAUCCAAACUCAUGAGGGUGAGUCUGGAUAAGCUGUACAUGUUGAUGGUGAAUCACAUCGUUGAGAGGAGCCUGAAGCCCUUGCUCCUGGAGCAGGCCAAGAGGGGACAGGGCUCGGGCGCUGGUGGGAAGACGGCCAGCGUGGUGAAAAGCAUCCACACGUACGCCCUCUGCAUUCAGAACCUGGAGCUGGCCGCUGCUACCAUCCACAAAAUCGCCCAGGAACUCCCCCCAGGCACAGAGAAGACCACAUUCUUAAAGUUCUGCUUAGAGCUUGGACACAAGCUGCUGAAAUCCCAGUGUCUGGAGGAGGAGGUGCGUGCAAGAGGUGAGACUCUGAUCUCUAAGCUGCAGUUGCAGUACCAGCGUUCGGCCACAGAGAAUGCUCUGAUGUCGUACCAGCUGGGUUCUCCCGACCUGCUGAAGCUAACGGGUCUGCCGGGCCGACUCAUCGUGGCUCUGUUUGAACACAGCUCUGUAGAGGACCGCAUGAGGAGUCCAAUCGGACAGAACCACCCCGACAUUCACGCCGUGGUUAAGGAGAUUGCUGCAAUCAACAGCGUUGAUCUUCUGAAAGUCCGGAACAUUCUGUUAGAGAAGUGGCUUUGCAAAACAGGACAGUCUACUGGUCAGCCAGCAGGCAAGCUGGACUGCAUGACUGACAUGCAGAAGGACCCAGAUCUAAUGAGAGUGGUGUACUUACUGCAGAUGCACCCUGUGGAUAUGAGUGCACGUUUACUCAGCCCCAUGCUGACAGCUGAGACCUGGCCCCUGGGGGGGUCAGGACUGCGUUUGACCUUUGAGCACCGCAGUCGUGUGUUACUCUGUCUCAUGCACAUCGCAGACCCUGCCACGCUGGAGGCACUCUCCCAUGUUCCCAGCGACAAAAUGAGGCACUACCUGCAGUGUUACAUGUACCUGUCUCAACUGGAGUCCAUGAACAUCCCUUAUACGCUGGAGCUCUUCCUCAGCAGUCCCAAAGAGGGCAUGAUCAAAGGCCUGUGGAAGAACCACAGCAAUGAGCCACAGGCUGUGCGUCUGGUGGCAGACCUCUGUCUGGAGUACCGCGUAUAUGAUCCCCAGCUUUGGAACGGCGUGCUGCAGAAACUCCUCGUCUUCAAUAUGACCAGUUACUUGCAGAAGGUGCUAGAAGCUCUUGGCUCAGUUUCCAGCAUUUUAGAGGUUUCCAGUUUCUCCAGGACCUGGCGGAGUGUAAUUCUCUCUCCUUUCAUGACAGCCUCCCUUCCUCUGAGCCCACAGCAGAAGGCUGCCUUUUACAAGACAUUUGUCCUACUUCUCAAAUGCCCGUUUCUGCUGAAUCUGGAUCUGGUUGGCAUUGCCAAGCGUUUUGCCCAGUUUAACCUGUUGGCGUACUCCCUGGGCACCCUCCAGCUCAUCCCAGUGGCUAAGAAACGAGACCAGCAGAUUCAGUGUUUCUUGUCAACCUGCAAUCCAAGGCUGAUCCUGGAUCAGGUGGAGGAGUUUAUGACCACAGGAGAACUGGCAGGAAUCCCUUCUCAGGUAACAGACACAGUGCUGGAGUUCCUGUGUCAGAACGGCCAGGCCCAAAGCCUGGUGAAGACCCCACAUUACCCUCGUCUCAAAGAGCAUUUAGUGUCAAAGGCAUGCUCCAGUAAGGUGCAGGAGCUACUGAAUUACCUUGUGGGUCAGAACAGAGAGGAGGAGGCUGUCCUCCUCGCCCAGGAGUACCUGACCAAAAGAGAGCAGAAAGGAGGGAAGCAGACAUUGGCAAAUGCCCUCUGCACUGACCCUGUUAAGGAGUUCUUGGGAAGAACAGUGGAUUCCAGGGUUAGACACUCAUACAUGUAA